AGGGAAGGAGGAAGGAAGGGAGAGAGAAGGGAGAGAGCAGCCCUUUCCUUGGCCUGCCUCUGCCUCCCACGCAGCCAGCCUCGGACCCUGCAGAGCGGAUGAAGAUGAACCCGCAGCAGCAGCGCAUGGCCGCCAUUGGGACGGACAAGGAGCUGAGCGACCUUCUGGACUUCAGCGCGGUAGGAUAUCCUCCUUCGAAGUCUCCUUAUGGCUUCUUCCCCACGAUGUUUUCUCCACCUGUUAAUAGUGGGAAAACGAGGCCAACGACUCUAGGAAGCAGCCAGUUCAGUGGAGCAGGCAUGGAGGAGCGAGGCGGCACUGUCUCUUGGGGAGCAAGCGGACCGCCCAGUCCUUCCUACGAAGCCACAAGGGAGAACGGCAGCCUCCUUGGGAAAAGCUCCGAUCUCUCGACAGCGCUUGGAAAGUUGAAACACGAGGAGGGCUUCACAGACAGUCAUUACAACGACCAUUUGAGCGACAGUCGAUUAGGGCCCAGUGACGGAUUGUCCCCGACGCCGUUUGUGAACUCCGGCCUGAUAGGUGAGUGGACUGUCCGUGGGUCAGGUUCUCCAUUGGCGUUCAGUUUCGAAUGUAAAAUGCAUUCAAAGGAAAUCGUUUCAGGGGCAACCAGACCAUUGUAUUACAUGGAAGAACUGUACCCAAGCGCCUGGGAUGAUAUAGAAGGACUCCAUGAAACAGAAUAA